AUGCGGCCUGGCCCGCAGCGGGUGAUGCAGCCGCCGCCCGGCUACGUUGCGGCGGUGCAGCCCGCCGCGCCGCAGCAGGCGGUGCAGCCGCCUCCCGCCGGCGGCGCGGCGCCGGUGAUGCGACCGCCCCCGGGCUACUGGGAGAAGGCGCAGGCCCGCCUCCCGAAGUCCAUCGACGUCGAGCGCGUGAGGCGCAGCGUGCUCCGCUGCGAGGCGGAGCUGGAGGCGGCCGUGCGGACGCCGGUUCCAGACGAGGACUUUGACUCGGAGGGGGCCGAUGAGGCCGAGGGUGAGCUCGAGGCCGAGCAGCUCGACGCCAUGCUGGAGAAGCUGCCCGACGGCGGGGCCAUGCGGGAGCUCCUCGAGAGCGCUCCGCCGGAGAUUCAGAAGCUUCUGAUGAUGCAGGUCAAGGCCGCGACCUCCGAGGCCUCGGGCCCCUCCGCGGAGGCCCCGUCGGGCCGGGCGCAGCACGCCCCGGAGGGCGACGCGCCCGAGGGCUCCGCGGGCGACGCCGGCGCGGGCGCGGGGCGAGCCCCGGGGCCGAGCUCCUGCGGCGCCGAGGAGGACGGCGUGCGUGGAGACUGGGAGUCCGCCAACGGCAGGUGUGCGAUCUUCGACGACCGCAUCACCAGCCGCCUCAGCUACGAGGCGCCUCGCGCCCUCUCCCGGCCCUCGCGCCCCUACCCAGGGGCCCCGCCGGCCGAGCCGCCGCUCUCGCCCGCGGCACGCUGGGCG